AUGACUGAUACUAUAUUUGAUAAUAAUAGUAAUUCCGAUGUUGAUACAAAUCAAUCACCUAUAGUUGAUUCAAUAUUUUCUAAUAACGAAGAAGAACGACAAACAAGAAACAAAUCAACUGUUCAAAAUUCAAUAAUUAAUGAACCAAAUGUUAUUAAACGUAAUAAAACAGUUAAUAAUAUAAGUCGAUUAAGUUUCAAUGAAUCUGAGCAUAUUGAUCAUGAAACGAAAUUAUUCCGUCGAUUAAGUAGUUAUAGUGAUCAAUCUGAUCAACAAUGUAAAGCUUCACAUGAUCACAAUGAUUUUCAUUUAUCUGAUUCUAUGAAUGACGAUUUAUGCUUAGAAAAAACAGGAUGGCUUAAUAUUAAACAUUGGUUAACUAUUCAAAAUCAUGAAAAUAUUCAAUUAAAAUUAAAACCACAUUGGAAACGUUUUUGGAUUUGGUUAAAAGAUUCACAUAUUCAUUUAUAUAAAAAUUAUUCCGAUAUAAAACCUAAUUUUAUGAUAAAUACAAUUGAUUGUCUUUGUUAUCCAUCACCUGAAUAUCGACAUCGACAAAAUGUAUUUAGUUUAACGACAAAUACUGGUGAUGUGUAUUAUUUUCAGUCAUCAAAUCAAUCUGAAGUAGAUCAUUGGAUAUAUUGUAUACAUUUAAAUGGUUUAUCAAAAAUAAAUAUAAAUUUAUUAAAAUUAAAUUUGAAACAAUUAGAAAAUGAUAUUAUUGAUGAAAAUCGAAUGCUUAAAUUAUCUCAAUUAAAAUUAAAAUUAUCAAUUAAUAAGCAAACAUAUUUAUCUAUAUUAAAACAAAUUGAAAUAAAAGAAAAAAAAUUAGAAAUAUUUCAUAUUGAUUUAUUUCGUAAGAAAUGUUAUUUAUGUGCCUUAAAUCAAAAUCAAAAUCAAAAUUUACCAAAUUCAACAGAUUUACUUUUACAAAUUUCAACAACAACAAAAAUUAUUUUAGAUAAUUUAAAUGCUUUUACACCUUGUGGUUUUUAUGCAUAUAUCAUUUCAAGACGAGUAUUAGAUUGUUCAAAAUCUAAAUCAAAUGAUAAAAUAAUAUUUUCAUCAUUGACAGAUGUGGAUCAAUCUAUUGUACAAACGGUUUUAUUCGAUUCAAAUCCUCAAAGGAAAAUUAUUAUAUCAAUCAAUAAAAUGACAACUGUAAAUGAAUUAUUAAAACGUGUUACUGAUAAAUUAGAUUUAGUAAUGGAUGACCAUUUUCUUUAUUGUCAUUUAACAUCAAAUGAUGGAUUCAAACCAAAUGGGCACGAUAUACUUCAUAAUUUAACGUAUACAUCCAUUGAAUUACAUCAAAAGGUUACCUAUCAAAUAAUAUUAAAUAAUCAACUUAAUGCAUCUGGAAUUGAUAUUAUCCAAGAAUAUCCCUUAACUAUUUUUAUAAAAAAUGUCAGAAAAAGAAGUGAAGGCGCACGACUUGGAAUAAUGAAAGGUGAUGAAAUUAUUAUGAUAAAUAAUAUAAAUGUAAAAGAUCUUGAUUCUACAACAUUUAAUCGUUAUUUAAAUCAAAUACCCAUUACAUUAACUUUUCGUUCAUCAAGAUUAGAUGAAAUAAUUCAUACUUCUCAUACAAUUCAAUCAAGAAAAAUCACAUCCUCAACUAUUAAAUAUACAAAAGAAAUUGAUCAAUUAUCAUCAGUAUUUACAAAACCAAACAAUGAAUCUCAAUCGAAAACAAACAUAUUUAAUAUAAAUAAUGAACAACAAUCUCAUAAUAUAUUUCAUUCAAAUAAUCAACAAAUACAAAAAAUUAUCUUUGAAUUAAUUGAAACGGAAACAUCUUAUGUUCAAGAUCUUCAAUGUUUAAUAGAUCAAUAUAUUGAACCCUUACGUAGUAAUUCAACUAUUUUACCAUCAGAUUCUGUUGAAUCACUUUAUAACAGUGUUAAAAUAAUUCAUCAAUUACAAACAAGAUUUCUCGAUUAUCUUCAAUCAAAUUUAUUAACUAAAAAUAUUAUCAUAUCAAUAGCUGAAACAUUUAUUCGACUUUCGAAUGAUUUUAAACUUUAUUCAACAUAUUGUAUAAUACAUUUACAAAUAAAUCGUUUAUUAAAUCUUUAUCAAAAUAAUGAACAGUUAAAAGAUUUUUUAAUUGCAUGUAAUCCAUAUCAUCAACAUUCAUCAUCAUUUCAAUCGUACUUAAUAAAACCUGUUCAACGUAUACUUAAAUAUCCAUUAUUUUUACAACAAAUGUUUAUCUAUUGUACUACAGAAGAAAAUGAUCAAAUAUUAUUAAAAGAAAAAUCAAAAUUAAAAAAAGCAAUUAAAAUAAUGAAUAAAAUCAAUGGAUAUAUUAAUUCUAUGCAACAACUUUAUGAAGAUUUUGGUCAAUCAUUCGAAAAUUUUGUUAAAAAUUAUCAAGAAAAACAAAAUAAAAUAUUUGAACUUAAUCUAUCUGAUUUAUAUGCAUACGGAGAAAUUAAAUGGAUUAAUAUGUAUCGAUUUAUUUCAAAAAAAAAUUCUCAAAAUCUAAAAAUAUUUUGUUUCAUUUUUCAAAAUGGCUGUCUUUUGUUAGUACGUGAACAGUUAAAUAAAAAAAAUCAGAGUUCAUUAUUCAAUUCUCAAUCAAAUAACAAUACAUCUGAUUGUUUUCUUCGAUUUUUACCAAUGGAACAACUUCAAGUUGAAGUAAUCCAUCUUACUGAUAAAUCUCAUACUUAUACAUGGCAAUUAAUUCAAACAGAUCCAACAACUCAUUUUCAAACAUAUUUUCAUUUUGCGAAUAGAGAUGCUGAAAUAUUUGUUAAAACAAUCAAUAAUUGUAUAUCGCAAAUUCAAUGUGAAAAUAAUGAAUACAUUUGUAUAUCGAAUAUAUGUGAUUCUCUGGCUAUAUCUUUUGAUGAAGAACAUAUCUUAUCAAGUCGUUCGUGUCAUAACUUGUUACCAAUAUCUUCAUUGAGAAAUGAAUAUUCAGAAAAAAAUCGUUCUAGAACGAAUCGACAAAGUCAAUCACCUAUAUGGAAACGACGAACAUUAUCUUUACGAAAACGUCCAUUCUCAAUGACACAUAACAAAGAUAUCAUUUGA